CUCAGCUUAGCCCACCAUGCCUAUGACACUAGGAUACUGGGACAUCCGCGGGCUGGCUCACCCCAUCUGCCUGCUCCUGGAAUACACAGACUCAAGCUAUGAGGAGAAGAGAUACACCAUGGGGGACGCUCCCGACUAUGACAAAAGCCAGUGGCUGAGUGAGAAAUUCAAGCUGAGCCUGGACUUUCCCAAUCUGCCCUACUUGAUUGACGGGCCUCACAGGAUCACCCAGAGCAACGCCAUCCUGCGCUACAUUGCCCGCAAGCACAACCUGUGUGGGGAGACAGAAGAGGAGAAGAUUCGUGUGGACAUUUUGGAGAACCAGGCUAUGGACUCUCGCAUGCAGUUUGGCAGGCUUUGCUACAACCCUGACUUUGAAAAACUGAAACCUGAGUUCUUAGAAGGCCUCCCUGAGAAGAUGAAGCUUUACUCACAGUUCCUGGGGAAGCACCCAUGGUUUGCAGGGGAGAAGAUCACCUUUGUGGAUUUCAUCGCUUAUGAUGUCCUUGACCAGCACCGUCUGUUUGAACCCAAGUGCCUUGAUGCAUUCCCAAACCUGAAGGACUUCAUGUCCCGCUUUGAGGGCCUGAAGAAGAUCUCUGCCUACAUGAAGUCCAGCCGCUUCCUCCCAACACCUAUGUAUUCCAAGAUGGCUGCAUGGGGCAACAAGUAGGACUCUGCCUGCCAGGACCAGGGGAGGGGAUCCAUCGCUGCCCUGAUGGCCCUGGACCUGGGGCACAGCUAGUGCACUGCCUCAAGGCACCAGUUGUCUCCUUCUUUCCACUCCCUUCUCCUCUGCAAGACCUCAUUGGCUCCCUUUCUUCUACCCAAGCCCUUCUCCAAUCAGACCUCUGCAAGCUUCAGUUCUCUAUCCUUUUUCAGCAAAGUCCCCUCCUCCUCUUUCUCCUCUCUUCCCUGAAUCCAGAUAGGCCUCUCAGUGUCACAGGAAAGCAGGGAGCUGAAACUCCAAACCUCAGUUCUUGUAUUUGGACAAAAGAAAAUUUAAAGUCAGACACCAAAAGCCAUGCAAGAGAACUGUAUUAUAAGUGACAAUGGAGUGGAAAAGAGAUGAAAAUGAAGUAAAAGCAAAGUAAGGCACCAGCUGAGAACCCGAAGGGGGUGGCAUCUCUGAGCACAGGAUGACCAAGGACACAAUGUCGUCUCCAAAUUUAUUACUAUUUGCUGUUUACCAAGAGAACUGGGGACCAACUUCUACACUCUUUGCCAAUCAGGUGUUCAAUUCCUUCACCCAAUUCCUGGGUGGUAGAAUUUUUGAACUGUCAUGGUAGUUAUCCUAUUUAGGGGGGCUUCAUCUGCAAGUCAUCUACAUCCAUGUUAAUGUGGGCAUUAGAGUCAGUAGCUGGUCAGAAGUUACCUCAGUGCACCUGCACUACUAAAGCAAUCUUCCUUCCCAGACAAAUAGAGACACCUUUAGCCAUACUUCCUAGCUUUCCACCAACCUCAAUGGAGUUAGUCCCACUGAUUCUAUUUUUUUAAACAUAUUUUUCCAUUAGUUCCUUUGCUUCUGUUUAUUUUCUACAAAUGAACUACCACCCUUUCCUUUCUCAGCCACUUUGAAGGUAGUUCAAAAAGAACCUAAAAUAACUUAAUACUUUUGACCUUACCAUUCAUUUCAUUGCUCAUUACUGUCUACUACCUAACUCUCAGCUCUGCUUGGAGGAGCAUGACUGAGUCCAUGCUCCCCUGCACUGCCCCAAACUCCAGUACUACCUGGUGAGCUGGCUCUGGUCUCCAGCAUGGCAGCUGCCCAGCCCUGUCUGACCCCAAUAAAGCCUGGACCACACUU